UUCUUGCUUGAAAGGUUCUCACAAAUUUUCAGCUGUCAGCAAGAAUGUCAACAACAAGCACCUGCUGUAAAUAAAAAGGGAUAAGCGUAGGACGUACAAUUGUAGUGAAAAUAACCUGUUUUAAAAUUGUGUCUUGUGAAUUGCUACUAGCUUAUUGUUUUGGAACAUUCAAGCCGGGUCCGCAUGAGUGACGCAGAAAAACAGCCCAUGGCUACCCAAGGUGAUAUAAAGCCUGCGGUUGAGCCAGUGGAACCAACCAAACCACCAGACAUUGAUCCGGAAACGACUGCAUCGGCAGCUAACGCGGUGGAACAAUGGCGCAACUACCAGCAGGCGUACAGUGCCUACCAGCAGCAGUGUGCAGCGUAUCAACACUAUGUACAACAGACGCAGUACGCACAAACGGUAGAGCAGCAACAGAUGAUCUACAAUCAGUAUCUAGAGCAACAUCGACACUAUCAGUAUCAACUGCAGCAGUACGAGCAGUACAAGCUGGGGAAUGGUUUGGUGCCAUACGGUGGCACACUAAACUGGCAACCGGUCAGUCCGAUGCAAUCGUUUCCCAUUGAUCCAAAUAUGAUGCAACCGGAAUUUCACCAACCAAUAAGACCACCAAUGGGUCCGUUAGCAGUAAUGCCUACUAACGGGAACGGUCCAGUAAAAGGGAAAGGCGCACCGGACACCAAACAUCGACGGGAUGCAAAACCUAAACCGAAACAGAAACCUCCCGCCCAAGAGAAAAAGAACGAGCUACAUACGAAAACCGUUAUAUACUUGAAUCCGGACGACGAAAAGCUACUGCCACAGGAACUGAAGCAACUGUUCGGCGACUUUCACUGCAAUCUCUGCCGUACGCGCAUGAAUUCGCACAUCUCGGCCAACAUUCACUACCAGUCGAAAGCGCACGAGAAGAAAAUUAACCAGUGGUUAAAGGAGUACUGCGUGCAAACGGGCACUCCGAUGCCGGUACGACAGCGGCCAGCACUAGAGCUGGCCGCCGAUACGGCAUCCAUUGGCAAAUCGGUGUUUCACUGUGAGGCGUGCGAUUUGGUGCUCACGUCGGUGCAGCACGCCAAUCAACAUUACACCGGCAAGCGGCACUGGAUGGUGGUGAACGGGAAAAAGCUCCCAUCCGGCAAUGGCCAUUAUAAUGCCGAGGGCAAAUGGAUCCGAACCACCAAUAUAGUAACGGAUGUGGUGAUACCGUCAACCGCUACGCCAUCCAUCGAAGCGCCAUCCACCGCAAAGCCUGUGGCUAAAAAGCGACUAAUGGAACCCUUAGAGCAGGAAGACGUGACUCGCAAUGGAGCGAAGAACGCACGGUUAGAACCACCACCGGAUCCGCCCGAACAGCUGAUAGCGCAGGUACUGGCCGCGGAAACGAAUUUCGCAAAUGAUGUAGUUGUCCCUCCGAUUGCCGAACCAAUGCCCAUCGUAAAGCCGACGGUGGUGCUACCGGACCCCAUCGUUCCGGCGCCUCAACCCAUCGUAACGAUCAAUGUGGAAAGCGAUGACGAGGUGGUGGAAGUGAUUAAACCCCCCUCUCCACCGACAGUCGCCAGUUCCUUUCCACCGUCCAAAAGUGUGGAAACGACGCUCGAGCAGGAGAUCCGCAAAAAGGAUGGUCUCGUCUGCGUGGACGAUACGGGCACGUUCUGUUUGAUCUGCGAAACAUCUGUCACAUCGCGUUCGGAGAUGGUGACCCAUCUGAAGGGUGCGAAGCACGUGAAGAAAGCACGCGCGAUGGGUGUAAUCGUGCGGACCACACCGUACAAUGCGUUCGAUACGAUCCUGCGCAGCCUGUCGGUACCGGCACGCCAAACGGAUUGGUCACUGUACCGCAUGCCGUCGGGGAAGUUCUACUGCAAAACAUGCAACCUUAUCGUGUCCGACGAGAAGCUGUUCGGUCAGCAUUGGUAUGGCAAGAAGCACAAGCUAAAGCUGCGCCAGGAACAGCAAGCGGAGGAGGAAGCACGAACGACCGCCAUUAAUACCACCACGAUAACGGGCGGUACCGCAACGACUACGGAAAGUCCGUUCGUGCAAGACGAUCAUGACGUGCUACCACCGGUGGCAGCUAGUACGACCGGGUUGGCAAACGCGACGGCAACGGGUCCAAGCGUAUGCGGUACGUCCACCAGUACGCCCGGCACGACUCGUAAGAGAAGACCGUUUAGCAAGAAAUGGUUAUACUACUACCGGAAGGCAAAAUGGGCGCAAGUUAAUAAUAAGGUUUGAUUUUUUGAUUUUCGAAUAACGUAUGCGAUUUUUAAAAAAAUGGACCGAUGGCCACCUAGUGGUUUAUUGAUUUGUUAAUUGCAUUGUUAAUUUGUAACAAUUUACUACGAAAACAGUAAAGGAAUUCUUUGCGAUGUUUUGUUCGAACGACGUUCGAAGGUCGGAUCGAAGAUGCUGUAAAUGUUGAGACACUUUAUCGAUAUAGUCCACCGGAUAUAGCCAAACAGUUAUGUAUAAAAUUUGCUCCCAUCUGGAGAAAGACCAGGCGGCAUCGUAAAGUGCAACAAAAGUUUAAAGACGAAUCUCGAGGGCAAAGAGAUUUCUCUGCCUUCUCCCUGAAGGAUGACUUAUCUGAGCUGUAGACAAUCUCCCCGGGAGAAGCGAUUGAAUGUUCUGGUGAAACAUUUCAAAUGCCGUCGAUGCAUUUGUUUAGAAAGCUCUUAUUACGUUCAAAAUCAGUCCAUUUUUUAAAUGCAUACGUUACACACCCUUGUAGAAUGCUGUGGAGAGGAGCUUUGAAAUGAGAUUAAAAUAAAGGAUAUAUUUAAUUUCAAGUAAAA